UAAAACGAGUUUUUGGUUCAGGAAUUUCUUGAAUUCCCGAUCUGCCAAAUUAGGGUUUUGGAGUAUCCGGAAGCCGGAUUGAGCCCAAAUUUCAUAUACGAGCUUCCUGCAGCGAGGUAAUCAAUCCCCUAGUUCUAAUUCCUGAUUUUCGGCUAUUAUUUAGGCCGUGGUCCAAUCCGCUGAAUUUAGCUCCGGCCAGGGUUUGAUGUGUUUUUAUCAAGAAUUUGACCCGGAGCCUAGAACUAAUAUUGACGGGGAUACUGCAGGGGAUAUUAGGACGGUCUCGGAUUUUAAUUCGGGGUUCGUUCGUGAAAUUGACGUUUUAGUACGGGAGGCUAGAACCGGUGUUUGAACGACCAGAACUGGUGAGGGAUUAGCACGGCAUACCGGGUUUGUCGUAUCACGAUAAUUAUAUUGAUGCUUAGAAUUGACCUAGGUGAACUAGAAUGGCAUGAUUAGGGGUGUAUGGACUUUUGUGCUAUAUGAUGAACCCUGGAUUGCUGUAUGAUAUUAUUGACUUGCCCUAAUCGAUAUGAACCUUGUUUAUGCUAAUGAUUAUAUAUAUGUUGCAAAUUGUGGGCUUGACUAUUAAUAUGCUUUACGAUGGUUCGAGAAGGUGAUUAGGUAUGAUUUUUCAUGAUUGUUGUAUUUGGAUGCACAAGUGGGAAAAUAUAUAUUCUCUGGUGAUAUUAUGAUGGUUAAGGAGGAUGACGUGCACGAGGGUUUAUCCCGAGGAAGUGCAAUUAUACGACUCCUGAUUUACCUAUGUUGUGCCAAUUAUGGCCAGGUCAAGUACAUGUGCAAGUAAUGAAUUAUGAUUAAGCAAGAUGAGAUAUGAAUCAUGUAUAAGGAUACCAAAUAUGAGUGUUGUGGUCUCACGGUCAACUACAUAGUAAUUAGGGCUCCCUAUGCUAUUACUCUAUUAUGAUAUGUAUGAUAGUCACACCUCUCAUUUGGUGGUGACUGAAGAAUUCUUACGAGAUAUGACCACACCCAGAGCGGUGUCGGGGUAUGACUACACCCAUAGUGGCGUGGGGUAUGUAUGACCACAUCCGACGGGAUGUUGGGGUAUGUAUGACUACAUCCGACGGGAUGUGGGGUAUGUUUCCCGGGAGAGUUAUUAGCAUGGGAGUAGCCAGGCGCCUAUAAGUAAAACAUGAUAAGAUGCAUAUGCAUAAGUCAAGGUGGUUGAGUCUUUUGCCUAUUGGGAUGUCGGAGGGCUGAGAUCUGAUCCUAGUGCUUUGGCUUGUUUGCUAGAUGUAUGGUAGUGGUAUGCUAUGUUAUGAACUCACGAUGCUAUGAUUAUCUCACUCAGCUAUGAGCUGACCCUCUUUAUUCUUCUUCUCUGCUUAUGCUAUGUGUAAGCAGAUCAUCAGCAGCAGCAGUAGAUAAGUGUUAGGUGGGAGAGGAGCUAGAGUUGAAGCCAAGAUGAGGUAUGGUCUUCAACUAUUCUGUGCUUGGACGACUACUUGGGAUUUUGGCCAGUGAUCCACACCUUUUUGUAAAAAUGUUUUGAGAACAUUUUCAUGUGCAUACUAGCUUCGAAUGUAGUGUGAGAUAUCCACAGGUGUGGAAAGUUGAUGAUAUGUGUAUAUUUUUGUAAUUGUGUAAGUUAUGACGAUUAUGGCUUGUAUUAGUAUGGUAUGCAGUUGUGUAGUAUGAAACUGUGACUAUGGCUAUGGAAGUCCAUGUAUAUGGUUGUCAUUGAAUGCAUGGAUUCAGAUAAAUUAUUUUGCAGGAUAAGUUGCAAGAACUGUUAGCCCAUUACGCGAGUAAUUCAUGUCGAAAUUUUAUUUGGGUAAAUUUUGAUAAUUAAUGUAACGCCCGAGAUUAAUUCCGCUGCAAUUGUAUGAACAAUAUGAUUAGGCAAAACGUGUAGGGUAGGGUGUUACACAGAGCGAGUCAAGUUUUUGGCGCUGUUGCCGGGGAGCUUCAGUCUGUUAUCGUGAAAAGAUUGUUUGGUGUUAAUCUAGCUUUUAUUUUCAGUUUUCUAAGUGUGAAGUGUGUUUGUGCUAGACGUGUUGUGUUCUUUAAGUGUGUGUAGGGAGGUGCAUGACUCGGAGCAAUCCGGCGCCUUUAACACCACUGGACGAGGACUUCAGCCGAACUCUUUGACUUUUAGCUCGAGAGAGGGAGCUAGCGGAGGCAAGAAGGAGAAGUGAAGAAAGGGGACAACAAGUUGGUCCCGGAUUAAAAGGAAUUGAAGGAGAAGUUGAAGUUGAGACGGCGGAAUCAACAUCGAGGGGCUAAUCCGCUUCAAAACCAAAAUGUGGAAGUGGCAGCCGAGGAAGAACUAAGGACUAUGGGCUAUUACAUGGCUCCAUGGGCGGCGGAGAUCCAAUCUCCCAUCUUACAUCCACUCGUGGCCGACAACAACUUUGAAAUCAAGCCCGCUCUUGUGAAGAUGAUUCAAAACAACGCCUUAUUCCAUGGGCUUGCCAAUGAAUCGCCACGAGAGCAUAUCCAAAGGUUUCUUGAGCUAGCGGGAAUCUUGAAGAUAAAUGGCGUCCCCAAGGAGGCAUUGAAAUUGAGGCUAUUACCCUAUUCUUUGGCGGGGAAGGCUCUCCGAUGGUUCAACAACAGUCUGGCUCGAUCCAUCACCUCUUGGUACGAUUUACUCAACAAGUUCAUAACCUGAUAUUGUCCUCCUUCCAAGACGGCCGAGUGGAGGAAGAAAAUCACUCACUUUGAGCAAGAAAAAUAUGAGACAUUGAGGGAUACAUGGGAAAGAUUCUCUGACUACUUCCUCUAAUGCCCUCGCCACGAAUUCGAGGAGCAAUUUCGGAUAGAGACUUUCUAUGGAGGUCUCAUUUAAGAUGACAAGAUUCUCAUCGACUCUCUUAGCCAAGGGAAGUUGAUGAACAUGACCCCACCUAAAGUGACCGAGUUGCUCGAAGAUAUGGCUCUCAAAGGGUAUGAUUGGGGCUUGACAAGAAGUGGGAAGAGAAGCCUUGAAAGAGGAGUGUGAAGUGUGGGAGCAAGUGCUCCACUUGAAGCGAAGCUUGACAAGUUGAUCAAGGUGAUCCUUGAGGACAAGAAGCAAUGGAAGAGAGUGGUGAUGUUUUAUGAUUGGUGUUUAAGCACUAAUCAUAAAAUUGCGGAUUGCCAAGCGAUGAAAGAGACAAGUACCCCCGAGGAGAAAGUGAGUUUCAUUGCCAAUGCUAGAGUGAACAACCCUUAUAGCAACACCUACAACCCAUGGUAGCGCAAUCAUCCAAACUUCUCUUGGUCUUCCCCUUCCAAUCCAAGACCUCUCGAUUUCCAAAGUCUAACGGGUGACUUACACGAAACUACACCACAAAUUAAUCCCGACUAGAGUCAAAGUUUUUAAACUCUAGCCGGGUGUAGUAUAGAGAAAGUAUUUAAAUUGUCAACCUGGGGCGGCCAAUGUACCCCUGCUUCAAUCGCUUAGGUUGUUAUCUAGCAAGCAACUUUAGGGUUUAGGUUUAUUGGAACUACAAACUAACCAAGCAAAGGAAAGUAAAUAAAUGAAAAUUCUAACU